CAUUUCUAAUAAUUCUUUCCCAAAUAAAGGAACUAGGGUUGCUUGGAGAAAUGACUGAUUCUAGGACUGGAACAGGGAAAAUACAAGGUGAGCCUGGAGCAUCGUAUAGUUCCAGAAAAUAAGGAUUGCUCAAGAAACAAAAUGAUGCAAAUAGGUCGAAUGGACACUGAAGCCAACUGAAAGAACUCACAGUAGUGAAAGCAGAAACAAUUUGAACAGGAACAUAAGUAGUGUUGGAUUAUAGCCCGAAGUCCACGAGUCUAUACUAAUAUAAGUGAUUGUAUAAAUGAAUGGGAAAGCAUAGACAGAUCUCCUAUGCAAAAGAAUUUCAAAUGGUAUAUAGAUUUACUCCCUCUCAAAGAAAUAGAGCAUGACUUCCCUCCCCUUUAAGUGUAAGCUGUGCAUAGUAACUUCAAAGAGUAUGGUAUAGAAAAGAAACAAAAGGAAUAACUUUACAGUGGAGAAACCUGACAGAUACUACUUCAGCCAAGUGAUGAAGGUUAACAUCAAUGAUAAAUCAUAUUGAUAGCAUGAACCCUUGACAUGAUGUGGUAACAAUAGUAUUUUACUUCUGUGGUCUUUUUCCUAAAACCUCACAGCCUCAGACUAACUGAGAAAAACAUCAGAUAAAUCCUAAUUGAGGGAUAGGCUACAUUUAGUACUGACUAGUACUUCUCAAAAUUGCCAAGGUCAUCAUAAACAAAGUCAUAGAAGUUAUAACCAAAAAGAACUUGAGGAGACAUAAGAAGCAAAUGGAAUCCUGGAUGGGAUCCUGGAGCAGAAACAAAGGUUGUAAAGAAGAAGAAAGUUCUACUCUUUCUGUCAAAAUGAAGUGUGAUUUUAAUUGUGGCCAUGUUCAUGCUGGACUUAAACUAGUAAAACCUGAUGACAUUGGAAGACUAGGUUCCUACACUCUUACAUAUUUGGAAGGUUCUUGUAAAGACUACAUUAAAGACUAUGAGAGGUUAUCAUGUCUUGGGUCACCAAUUGUGAGCCCUAGCAUUGUAGAACUUGAAACUGAAAGCAAGCCCUUGCAUAACAAGGAAAAUCAACGUGUGCAAAAAACACUUAAUAGUACAAAUGAAAUAGAAGAACUAGAGACGAGUAGACUUUAUGAAGACAGUGGCUAUUCUUCAUUUUCUCAGCAAAGUGGUCUCAAUGAACAUGAAGAGGGUAGCCUUUCCCUGGAAGAAAAUUUCAGUGACAGUCCACAAUCCUGCCCGCUACAGAUGCAAAGCCCAGACCAAUAUCCCAACAAAAACUUACUGCCAGCUCUUCAUUUUGAAAAAGUAGUUUGCUCAACAUUAAAAAAGAAUACAAAACGAAAUCCGAAAAGAGACCGGGAGAUGCUGAAGGAAAUUAUAGCCAGAGGAAAUUUUAGAUUGCAGAAUAUAAUUGGCAGGAAAAUGGGCCUAGAGUGUGUAGAUAUUCUCAGCGAACUCUUUCAGAGGGGACUCAGACAUCUCUUAGCAAGUAUUUUAGCUCAGCUCAGUGAUAUGGACUUAAUCAAUGUGUCUAAAGUGAGCACAACUUGGAAGAAGAUUCUAGAAGAUGAUAAGGGAGCAUUCCAAUUGUACAAUAAAGCAGUGCAGAGAGUUACUGAAGGCAACAUUAAGUUUUCACCACAUGCUUCAACCCGAGAGUAUGUUAUGUUCAGAAUCCCAUUGGCUUCUGUUCAAAAAGCAGCAGUCCAGACUCCUCCCCAAAAAGAUGCACAAACCAAGUUAUCCAAUCAAGAUGAUCAGAAGGGUUCUACUUACAGUCGACACAAUGAAUUCUCUGAGGUUGCUAAGACUUUGAAAAAAAACGAAAGCCUCAAGGCCUGUAUUCGUUGUAAUUCACCUGCAAAAUAUGAUUGCUAUUUACAACGGGCAACCUGUAAACGAGAAGGCUGUGGAUUUGAUUAUUGUACAAGGUGUCUGUGUAAUUAUCAUACCACCAAAGACUGUUCAAAUGGCAAGCUCCUAAAAGCCAGUUGUAAAACAGGUCCCCUGCCUGGUACAAAAAAAAGCAAAAACAAUUUACGAAGAUUAUGAUCUCUUAUUAAAUCAAGUUGUUCCUGAUCAUGAACAUUAGUGAGAAAAUAUUAGGUUUUAACUUAAAAUGUAUUGUGAUUUUCAAUUUUACAUUGAAAUUUUUUCCCAGUGGAUAAAGAGGAUAUAUACAACCUCUUAAACUAUUUUACAAUUUAAUGUGAAAUUGUUUAAAAUUCUCAGUACAAAUCAGAAAAUUUAAAUAUUUUAAAUAAAAAAGGAAAAGUAAGUAGUAAUCUGAUACUUGUGAUACGAAGUAAAACGAUUCAAUUUUAUGGUGAAAGAAGACUGGAAUUUUACCUAGACAAUCUUAGAUAUAAAUCUUGUUUACCAUCUAUUGGCAUUUGAGACAUUUUAUUUGUCUUAUCAAAUUAAUACCAAUGGAAAUACCAAUUUCUGGAGUAGUAAUUUAAAUGUUUUGUCUCCUUUCUUAAACCUUUUUCAUUGUGUAUAUCUCCCAAGAAAGUAUCUUUUGUAAAAUUUCCUUUCCUUUUUUCUGAUGUCUGUGUUUUAAUAUUUUUGUGUACAUGUAAAUAAUUUUGUAUUUUUAUGUGUCAAAGAAAAUAAAUGUCUUUUGUAUGUACAUAUAAAAAUAAAUUUUGUUC